UGAUGUGUUUGUUUAUCCUCAGUGAUUUUCUCUCUUGAGUGUUUUAUUGAGUGUAAACAGAGUCUUGUCUCUGUGUAUUUUAGUGUUGAUGAUGGAUGUGAUGUGUUGUAAAUCAGUAGGAACUGAUCUGUCCAUGCUGGAUAUUGAUGAUUUCAUCACAGAAAUCUCUCAGCUGAAGAAAGAGGUGGCGUUACUGGAGACAAAGCUGAGGUUAAGAGGAGAUGAAGGACUGAAGAGAGAGGACUCCGAGCUCAGUCUGACUUUACUCUGUUAUACUGAGUCAAAGCCCACAGACGCUCAGGACACUACAGUGUGUGACAGUAAUCAGGGCUUACAGGAUGAGGAAUCUACUGAUCAAACCUCCACAGAGUCUCUGGAUUCUGUCUGGAACGCUGGAGAACAGCAGCAGAUCCUGCAGACCAAACUGAAGAUGGAGGUAAAAACUGAACCUGUAGAAGAGGAAGAUCACCCUGAUGAUGAUGAUUUUAUUUCCUCAGAUGUGAAGAGUGAAUUAUGUUUGGAUGGAGAAAUAACGUCCUCGACUCUUUCCUGCCUCACCGGUGGAGAGACAUUGAGCUCACAGAGACAUUUAGAGAGAAAACACACCGAACCGAAACUCUUUACCUGCACCAGAUCUGAGAUCAGCUUUACUACCUUACAAGAGAAGAAACUUCACAUGAGGACGCACAAUAAUGAACAGUCUUUCUACUGCAGUGAAUGUGGCAAAUAUUUAAGCAGCAAACACUCUCUUGAUGGUCAUAAGAGAGUUCACACUGGAGAGAAACCUCAUCACUGUAAUGUUUGUGGGAAGAGUUUUAAUUGUCGCAGCACUUUAGUAAAGCACCAGAGAAUUCAUACAGGUGAAAAACCUUACAAAUGCUCUCAGUGUGAGAAGAUGUUUACUCGAUCCGACAUCCUGAAGGUCCAUGAGAGAAUUCACACUGGAGAGAAACCUUACGUCUGUUCUCAAUGUGGAAAAAGCUUCACUGAUCUAUCUCGUUUCAGGGUUCAUCAGAGAAUUCACACUGGAGAAAAACCUUAUCACUGUAGUGUUUGUGGGAAGAGUUUCAGUCGACAUUACAGUUUAGCAAAGCACCAGAGAACUCAUACAGGGGAAAGACCUUACAAAUGCUCUCAGUGUGAGAAGACGUUUACUCAGGCAUGUCACUUAAAAGCCCAUCAGAGUAAAGCCCAUACUGAGAACAAUUUACUCUGAAAUCAUCAUAGCGUUUCAAUCUGUGAAAGUCAUACCCGGAGUGCUUUAGAGGUCAAUCACAUUAGGGUUUCAUGUGGUUUAGUGUUGUCGUUUGUUAACAGCCAAUGCAGGCCUGGAUUGGCCAUAGGAAAGACCAGGAGAAUUCCCGAUGGGCUGGUCUGUUUUUUUGCCAAGAAGGGGCGGUGUUGUCAUGCCACCGGGUUGAAGGUUGCUGUCCUUAGGCUGCCAGUACUUAUCCAGCCCCACUUGCAAAUUUUAUUCUCAAGUUGAUUGUGUCCUGAGUCCCAACCACUUACUGGAAGAAUUCUUGCAUUAGGGUCUAUUAACAUCUAAGACGUAUGGAAAACGCAGGACGCACAGCUUUUUUUCUUCUUUUCAAAUC